UAAUAAUUAUUUCAACAUUUAAUACGACUCGUACGCCCUGGUGGGUUGGCCGUGUGAUUAUGGUCUCGCCCUGUGAGUAAGGUCACCGGUAGGCGGUAUGUGUUACACCUUAUGUAGUUUGUAUAUUACUGCUCUGGCUACAGAAGGCUGCGCUGUAGUUGGCAGCUCCCACGGCCCCGUAAUAUAUAAAUAUUAGGUAUAGCAAUCGCCAGUCAUAUGGCGAAACAAAAAUUAAAUUAAAAAAGUAAACUUAUGCUUGUCUCAUUAAUAAUUUUUUGUGUUUUCUAAUCUCACCGAAAAGCACACGAAGAAAAAUGCGCUCCUGAGUGUUUCGGACAAAACCGGCUUGUUGCCCCUGGCGAAAUGUCUCUCAGACAUUGGCUUGGGACUGGUUGGCAGUGGCGGUACCGCGUCAUCCCUCCGUAACGCAGGCUUGAAGGUUCUCGACGUCGCCGACAUCACCGGCGCCCCUGAGAUGCUGGGGGGCCGGGUCAAGUCUUUGCAUCCGGCUGUGCAUGCUGGGAUUUUAUCCAGACUUACUGAUUCGGACCAGGCGGACAUGAGCAAGCAGAAGUAUGACAUGAUAAGCGUAGUGGUGUGCAACCUGUAUCCAUUCGUCGAGACUGUGUCCAAGCCGGAGGUGACCAUAGCGGAUGCUGUCGAGAACAUCGAUAUUGGAGGCGUGACCUUACUGAGGGCUGCGGCCAAGAACCACGACAGAGUGACCGUGGUCUGUGACCCGGCUGAUUACGACGUGGUCAUCGCGGAGCUCAGGAAUAACAAGCAACAUCAGACUUCAUUGGAGACCAGGCAAAGGCUGGCUCUAAAAGCAUUCACCCACACGUCCCAGUACGACCUGGCGAUAUCUGAUUACUUCCGCAAGCAAUAUUCACCCGGGAAGUCCCAGCUAACCUUGAGAUAUGGUAUGAAUCCUCAUCAGAAGCCAGCACAAGUGUUCACGACACACGAUGAACUACCAAUCACCACGCUCAAUGGGGCUCCAGGAUUCAUAAACUUGUGUGAUGCGCUCAACGCCUGGCAGCUGGUGUACGAGCUGAAGGAGGCGCUGGGGCUGCCGGCUGCUACCAGCUUCAAACACGUGUCGCCAGCUGGGGCGGCUGUCGGCAUCCCACUCACUGCGGAGGAGGCAUCAGUAUGCAUGGUGUCGGACCUGCUGCCGCAGCUGUCGCCGCUGGCCAGUGCGUACGCUCGCGCGCGCGGCGCCGACCGCAUGUCGUCGUUUGGCGACUUCAUCGCGCUCUCGGACGAGUGUGAUGACGUCACCGCCAAGGUCAUAUCGCGCGAGGUGUCCGACGGAGUCAUAGCGCCCGGGUACUCGCCGGGAGCCCUCGAGACAUUGAAGAAGAAGAAAGGCGGGAACUAUUGCGUUAUACAGAUUGACGCCAGAUAUAGUCCAGAUUUAAUGGAACAAAAGACAAUCUUCGGUCUCACGUUGGAACAGAGGCGGAACGACGCAAAGAUAAACGCAGACCUGUUUAAGAAUAUUGUCACAAAUAACAAGAACUUACCGGCGGAAGCUGUGAGGGACCUCAUAGUAGCGACCAUCGCGCUCAAGUAUACCCAGAGUAAUUCAGUGUGCUAUGCCAGAGACGGUCAGGUGAUAGGUAUCGGCGCCGGGCAGCAGUCCCGGAUCCACUGCACGCGGCUGGCUGGGGACAAGGCGGCCCUGUGGUGGGCGCGGCGUCACCCGCGCGUCACCGACAUGCGCUUCCGGGCCGGCGUGACGCGUGUCGUGCGGGCCAACGCCGCCGACAACUACGUGAGCGGCACAGUCGGAUCGGAUCUGCCCCUGGAGCAAUGGAAGUCGUUGUUCGAAGGUGAGCCGCCGGCACUCCUCUCAGAAGAGGAGAAGAAACACUGGACGAGCAAACUGGAUAAGGUGGCCCUGGCGUCUGACGCAUUCUUCCCCUUCAGAGACAACAUCGACAGGGCGCGUCAGGUCGGUGUCAGUUAUAUCGGCAGCCCGGCUGGCUCUAACAACGACAAGGAAGUCAUCGACGCCUGCAACCAACACAACAUUGUACUGGCACACACUAACCUUCGACUGUUCCAUCAUUAAUUAACAUGUGCACUCGAGGCUUAUGAAACAUCAAGUACCUUUAAUGAAACAUUUGUCACAGGAUGUCAUCUAAUUUUGUUUAUAAAACACUUGCUCGUAAAGUGAGACUUAUUACAUCAUUGAAUCAUAUUAUAAUUGCAUCAAUCAACAUCAAGGAUCAAAGAAUUGUCCCUACAAAGUUAAUUUAGUACCUAACUACAAGUUAUAUGAGAUAAAACAGAGCAUUUUCAAUUUCUUUUUUUUUAACGACAAAGAGGUUUUAUACCACUGAAAAUACAUUUACAUUUUUGUAUUAAAUAAAUGUGUCCCUAAUUAAGACGAAAAACCAUUUAUUAUUAUUAAAUUAUUUAUAAUUCACAAUAGUUUGUUAUUCAAUACUUAUAUACUUUCACGUUUCUACUCUUUCGGAGUUGAUCGGUUUGUUAUAAAAUAACACCAAGAAAUAAAAGACACAAGCUCAUUUGAACCGGUAAUAACUGGUUAAAAUCGGAUUCAGGCCCAACUAUUCAAUCGAAUUAUGUCCAAUGCAAAUAAAAGUUCAAUUAAGGAUUUUCUUUAAUGUUUUGUGAAGUAAGUAGUUGCUGUGAAAUAUUGAUAAUAAACUAUUGUUGUUUUUUGAAUCCAAAACAUUCCGGCCGUUAUUGGUUAAAUAAGUAUAAAUCAUUGUGAAUUCUGUAUUAUUUCUUAUCACAUCAUAUCACCGACCUUAGAUCAUCUAUACGUUUCGAUAGACUAUGACAUCUGUGAAUAAGUCGAAAAAAAUUUAGAACUAACCCCUAUUUUGGGUAAUUCACGCAUACUAACACAAAGUGUCAUACAAAUUGCGAUUGUAGGACGUAUCUCGUCACGCAUACUGAAGUAUUAAACCUGGCCUGUUUUAAUCUGUUCUCUAGCAGCAAGAGACUAUCUAGACGAAUAAAUGAUGUAAGCCACCAACCUACUAACUCAUUAGACUAUUAAUAUCAACAGUUUACUCAAUAAUAAAUUCAAAUAUGUUAUGUAAUAUUUUUUUCAGUGCACUGUAAUUGGACGUUAUUCCAGAAAAACGUUCCAAACCACAAUCAUUUCGAAAUUGAGUUAAGAACACAUAACUGGUCGUGUGAUUCAUAUUAACAGACUGAUUAAAAUGGCAGCCCUACUGUCAUUCUUUAAAUGACAUCAUGAGUUAGUAGCCCAACCCACAUGUAUGGAAUACACUAAUGUUUAUUAAACUUUAAACACGAAUUCCUUAAAAUGUGAUGUUUGUGGCUUGGAACGUUUUUCAGGAACUACAUCCAAUUGAUAUGUACAUAAUUCCAAUAUGUUUACAAAAAAUCUCAUAACAAGAGUAUAGUUUAUCCCCCUUAUUCAUAAUGGUCCGCUAACUUUAAACAGCCGCUAAGGAGUGUUUUUUCUCAUUCUGACUUAGGUCAAUAGAAGAAGACAGAGUGAGAAUUAGCAAUGCUUUAAGUUAGUAGACUAUUAUGAAUAAGGGGGAUGUGUUUAUAGCGAAGUUUCAGAUUAUUGAACCCUCGAAUAUUUUGUAAUGUGCCUUUUUAUGGAAAUACAUUUGUAUUGUGUUAGAAUAUAAGAUAAACAUAUUAUAUUUUUUGUAUUGUAGCCUAAGUACUAUGAUAUAUAAUUUUAAGAAAAUAUGAAAUAUACAAAGUGUUGAAAUGAAA